AUGAUGGAGUCAUGCUCGAACAGUAACUGGGAAAGCGAGCCUGUGUAUGAGGAUUUGCGGAAGGACCUGUGCUCAGAGUUCAGCGCCUUACAAGACACACAGGAUCCCACCAUCCAGGACCAAGAACACCUCAAGGUUUUCCUCCGUAUUCGGCCUUUCACAUCAUCAGAGAGUGGCAGUGGAGAGUCACAGGACUGUGUUAGCAUUGAGCCCCCUGAUACGAUUCUGCUGAAGCCACCCAGGUCUUCUGUGUCAUCAAGGCUCAGUGACAAAUCACUUCCCCAGACUGGGCAGCGCUUUCAGUUCUCUCAGGUGUACGGUCCAGGGACGAGCCAGAGGGAGCUGUUUGAUGGCACAGUGAAAGACCUGAUCAGAGACGUUCUCAAAGGAGGAAACUCCCUCGUUUUCACUUACGGAGUGACCAAUGCUGGGAAGACAUUCACAUUCCUAGGUACUGAUGUGGAAGUCGGGAUUCUGCCCAGGUCAUUGAAUAUGAUCUUCAGCAGCAUCAAGGAGCGAAUCUAUAAACAGAUGAUCAUAAAGCCCAUGCGCUGCCAUGAGUUCAUUCGGCUCACCAGGGAGCAGCAGGUCGAGGAGACCAUCUGCAAGAGGAACUUCUUCAGGCAACUCAGAGAGGUGACUAGUGAGAAGAGUAGUGCCAGCCUGCUCUGUUCCACCAGCAAGGCUCCCCUGGCAGGUUCCACUGUCUCUGUGUUGGCUGAGGGGGAGGAGGAAGGGGUCUGUCUGGAGUUGGAGGCUCAUACAAUGUUCUCGGUGUGGGUCUCCUUCUGUGAGAUCUACAAUGAAAACAUCCACGACUUGCUGGAGCCCAUGCCUAGUGGUGCCCAAAAGAGGACAGUCCUGCGCCUUUCCCAGGAUGUCAAAGGCAACGCCUUUGUCAAAGACCUCCGCUGGGUGCAAGUGAACAGUGCGGAAGAAGCCUAUAUGGUGAUGAUGCUGGGUAAAAGGAACCAGAGCUUUUCCUCCACCAAGCUCAAUCAUCUCUCCAGCAGGAGCCACAGUAUAUUCUCAAUUCGCAUCCUGAGGAUUGAGGACACCGGGAUUCCGCGGGUCAUUGCCAUUAGCGAGCUGUCUCUGUGUGACCUGGCUGGUUCAGAGCGAUGUGCCAAGACACAAAACAAAGGAGAGCGUCUGAAAGAGGCUGGCAAUAUCAACACCUCCCUGCUCAUCCUGGGCAAAUGCAUCAGUGCACUACGGCACAACCAGCAAGCCAAGCUUCUGCAGCACGUUCCCUUCAGAGAGAGUAAACUCACACACUACCUGCAGAGCUUCUUUUGUGGGCGGGGCAAAGCCUGCAUGAUUGUGAACAUCAACCAGUGUGCCUCAGUGUACGACGAGACACUGAACGUCCUCAAGUUCUCGUCUCUUGCCCAGAAGGUUGUAGUCCUGCCUUCCAAGACCAUUCCCAUCAUGCCCCAAAGGUCUGCCUACGAGGUUUCCCUUUUCAUUAACAAUGCUGACAGGAAGACCCUGCUGGGUUGUCAUAUUGGCUUGGAGAAAAGCCUGGAAGAAGUGCAGGAGGACGAGGGCAGUGAGGAUAAUGAGAGCCCAAUGGAGGACACUGUCCAGGAGAGUGGAGAAGAGGAAGAUGGUAAUGAAGAUGAUGAUGAUGAAAAAAUUGUUCUGAGUAAAGGAGCUUACCAGAGGCAGAUGGCUUUGUUGCAGCAACUGAAGGAGGAGCGGAUAGAGAGCAUGCUACUGGAGGCACGGGUUCGGGAGGAGGUCACCUUGGAGUUCUCAGAGCUGUUCUCUAAAAUGCAGAACGAUAACAACAAUCGUCUGGCAAGGGAGAAGGAGAUUCUGGUUGAGCAGUCAGAGAGAAGAUUGGAGAUCUUCAAGGACCUGGUCAAAAACCUCAAUUCAGCCGGACCCAGUCAGGACGAACAGGCCAUGGACAAGGACCUGGACCUCAGUGCUCCAGACUCCUUGUCCAGCAAACCUGCAGGCAUAGGGAGUGCUGCCAAGGCUGUUGACAAUUGCCCGAGGUCUUGCCAACCAAGUGAACAGGCAGGAAGGAGUGAGGCCAUGGAGGAGUUGGAGAAGAAGGUGUCAGAACUUCUCAACAAGCUAAGGAAUGCCCAAGAACAGCUCACUCACAAAACCACAGAGCUUGAUAGCUUCACUACACAGGCCCACCAAUACAAAACGGAGAUGGAAGAGACUAAAAAGAGUCUGGAGUCUCGGGAGCAGAAGCUAUCAGAGCUUAUGGAGCUCUGCCUUGAGAAAGACAAGGCGAUCACUAGACUACAGACAGCCAUGGAGAGACAGGUUGAAGAUGCCACUAAGAAUGAGGAGCUUCUCAGUCUGAAGAGCAGCUGUUCCUGCUCACGGGCCAGAGAAGUGGAGAGGCCCACCAGCACCAGGAACCAGACCCUCAAACGGCAGCAUGAAGCCCAGCCUGACUUAGAUGGACAGCCCCCUCCAAAGAGAGACCUCAGUGAAGACAGUGGGGUAGACGAGGAGGUUGUGAACAGGCUUUACACCCAACUUCAGGAGAAGUGCUCCAUGGUGGCCCAGCUGGAGAGAAGGGUGGCAGACCUUCAAAAGGAGAUAGAGUUGACCUCCCAGGACUUGCGGUCACCACGGGUGAGGAGGACUCUGCACAAGGCGGAGGAGGAGGUUGAUGAGGAAGCUGAGGAGGCCCACAGCCAAGAAGAGGCGCUUGACGCUGUGAUGGAGGAGGAUCAAGGUCAUCAGGUUUUGGUGGAGGAGAAGCGUGGCAGGGAGCAGGCACUUUACUCUCUUGAAGGGGAGAACAGAGCCAUGGAGGAAGCACAGCCUGCUAUGGAAGAGGUAGCCAAACAGACUGCAAAAGCCCUGCAGGUCUCAGAUGAACUCCAGAUAGCCCAAGCUCAAAUGGAGAAAUGCACUAGGGAGAUUCAGGAAAAAAUGGCUCAGAUCCACACCCUGACCCAGGAAGUUGAACACCUCAAACAGGAACUCUACCUGAAGCGGGAAAGGAAAAUAAUCCCAGUAUUGACAGGGCCUGAAAUGGUUAUCCCCAGUCAGAGUGAGGAGUUUUCUGGCCAGAGUAGGGUUUUAGCAGAGGAGAAAGAGGAGAACAAGACAAGGCAUGGACGGAUACCACUGCUCCGUGUACAGGUCUCUGAUCAGCCUCUACAGCAGCUCACUGACAAGCUGAAAGCCUCCGAACAAGAACUGGGGCAGUCGAGGUCACAGCCAGAGGAACAGACUCAGACAAUGGAGAAGCAGCAGGAUGAGCUUGGACAAGAACUGAGAGAACAGGAAGUGGUGUCAGUCGAGGAAGUGGAUAGGAUCGAGCAGAUCAGCCAGCUGAGAGCCAAAUCUGAGGAGGCUGUAGCCAAAGCUCUGGGCACAGCUGACAACACCAUUGAUUCCAAAGCCCAAGAUGACCACUUUAGGUUGGACGUUGGAGGCGCUGAACUGGGGGCAAAAGCCACUAACAUAGAGGAGAAAAGGGGGUGCGCCAAGGACAGACAAAUGGGAGAAAAUACACCACUAUCGACAGAGGUGAUGCCAGGAUCUAACACACAGCAAGCUUCCUUACUGAAAGCAGCAGAGAUGGUGAGACUGCUGAAAGACCAAGAGAAAGAGCUGCAGGAGAAACUGGCAAGGAAGGAGGCCCAGGUGUUGUCUCUGCAGAAGAGACUGCAGCAAGCAGUGGAUCGGUCUGAAGAAGAGGAGAGCCAGGCAGUUCAGGAGGCACGGCGAAGGGAGGUUGAGAGGCGCCGGGAGCUCCUAGCUGUGGCUGAGGAGGCCAUUGCUCAGAAGGAUGCUGAGCUCGAAAAGAGAGCCCAGGAGAUCCAACGACUGAAGGAGAGCGCAAUCCAGGGGGCAGACAAAGUGAAGACUGUCUGCCUUGACCUGCAGAGAAAGGAAGAUGAGACUUCAGAUCUAAGAGAGAAGCUUGCAGACUCCAAGAAACAGAUCCAGCAAGUCCAGAAAGAGAUCUCUACAAUGAGAGAUGAGGAGAAGACUCUCAAACAGAAACUGUCUGAUGCGGAGAAAACCAGGAAGCAGCUUCAGUUUGACCUGGCCAACAGAGACCGAACCAUCCAGCUGCUAAAAACUGAAAAGGCGUCUGAUGCGAUGACUGAAAAUUACCGAAAGACCUGUAAAGACCUGGAGGCCACGGAGCAUUUGAUUGCGGACAUGCGCCUGGCUCUGAUGGAACAAGAGGAGACUCAGGAGCAGAUGGAGCGAUUCUUGGAGGAGAAAGAAGUGUUGGUCCAGGAACUGCGUGACGAGAUAAAUAAGUUGAAAGGGAUGUUACAGGUCCGUGACAAUAGAAAAGCUACAUCCUUUCUGAGUGAUGACCAGUUGAAUGACCUCAGCCGAGCUAAAGAGGAGGCUGCCAAGGCUGCGGAGACCUUGAAGUUAUGUACCGAGAAGCAUCAGGCCGACCGCAGGAAGUGGCUGGAGGAAAAGAUGUCUCUUAUUGGCCAAGCAAAGAGGGCGGAAGAAACGAGGAACCAAGAAAUGAGGAAGUUUGCAGACGAAAGGGAGCGCCAUGCCAGGCAGCAGACCCAGCUGGAGUCUGUGUCCUCCCAGCUGGCAUCUGUGUCAACCCAGCUGGCGGAGAAGGAGCAGGCUAUGGAGCAGUGGAGGCACGAGAGGGACUCCCUGGUCGCAGCCCUCGAGGUCCAGCUGCAAAAGCUGCUGUCCAGCAAUGCAGACAAAGAAAAAGUCAUCCAGGAGCUACGCAGCACCAACACCCAGCCACCACAAGAGGGCUCUUUUGGCUGUCCAACGGUGCUGGACUCCUCUGAAAUCUCAACAGAGAACGGAAGAACCAGUCGCUUCCCAAAGCCUGAGCUGGAAAUCUCUUUCAGCCCAUUGCAGCCCAAUCGUAUGGCUCUGCGUCGGCAGGGUGAGGAGAACACCGUCACCGUGAAAAUCACCCGCUCAGCGCGCAAGAGGAAGAGUGCAGAGAUGGACAAGGAGGAAGUGGAAGCCGAAAACCGAUGGAACACAAGAUCCAAAGUGACACCAAAGCUAAUCGCACAUCAGGAGGAGGGCUCCUCCCCAGUGAGCAGCCAUGACACUCAAAGCAGCGAACAAGGCAAAAAAGAGGGAACGCUGCAGAAGAUAGGAGACUUCCUGCAGAGCUCGCCCACGCUGCUUGGGACAAAAGCAAAGAAGAUGAUGGGUUUAGUUAGCGGUCGGUGUGAUGUAGACCCAGGGACCUCCUCUUUCCCUCACAGUCUGAGAGUGAAGAAGAGCAAGAAGAAACUCUACCGCCCUGAGAUCUCCUCACCUAUGGACAUGCCUUCACAUCCGAUCAUCAGCACAAAUCCAGUGGAGAAGGAAAGUGACCACCUGAUCCUAAAGAGAUGUUUGCGGACCCGGACCCCAAAAUAA